CUUGGUGCCCCAACAUGACCAUUAUCAAUGCUGUUUUUGCAGGUAAUAAGUUGGACACCAGGACCCUGAAAUUGAUCAAGACACUGUAGAUGGCCAUUUUGAUAAGCAUUAUUUAUCAGCAGGUAUGGGCAUAAUCCAUCCCUGCUGAUUAUGGGAUAUACCUUCUGUUGCUAUCAAGCCUGAGGUGUAGGGUUACCUUGAACAGAUUGUUUGACUCACAAGAUAAUGAUACUUACAAAUCUGCUGGACUUGCACUGAGUCUUUGCAUGCAAAGAAAAAUAAAAAUCUUAAUCUGCAACCUGAAGGAAAUACAUUUUCUAUCAAAAGCCUUUAGAAUUUUUUAAAUAUAUAGUUUGAAAUAUAGCACAAUGUCAGAAACUUUGCACAUCAGUUUCCUCCACCGCAGAAAACCUAUCAUGCAUGUUGUGGCUCAUAUUUAUUUCUGGGUAUAUGUAAGUCAUGGUUUGUUCAAGCCCUAAAUCCCACAGUCUCUUCUGGCACAAGUGCGGCCCAUUGCUUUGCCAUGUGCACAUGAAUCAAAACACUAAACAUCCCCUCUCUGCCCCGCCCGUCUUCCCUCUAUAUAGGCCACAGGGAAACCCCGUCACAGCACUGGAGACGCGCUCUGCUUGCGAUUACAGAGAUAGCCACUGAGAUAGGAGGCCACGCACGGAUCAAGAAAUUGUAGAAAUCACUCUGGGAUUUACCAGUCUUUUUCUUUUCCUUUUUUCCUCUUUUUUUUUACCAUUCCCGAACUAAACUUUGUUUUUAAUGCUGGAUGAACGUCUCAAGUCAGUCUGUCGUACAAACAGUUGGAUCAGUUUUUGAUCAUCUUUGUUGUGACUUACUCCUGACUUUAUAUGCAGGAAUGGUUUAGAGAAAGAAGUGUCCUUUCCUGAUUUAAGGACUCACUUUAGAUACACUAAAGGGCGUGAAAGCCACUUUUUAAGAUCAAUUCGUUCGCUUUUCAUUUAGGGAUACUUUUUUUUUCCUGCAGUAAAAGCUGAAAACGUUGCUUUGAAAAUCAGUCCAGUUCCAGCCCUUCAACUUUUUUUUAUUUUUUAUUUUUAUUUUAAUUAUUAUUAUUAUUUUCUUGCCACUGGCACCAUGCUAUCCAGUGUGCGCCGACACAGCCUCCGCCUGCAGAAUGAGAUUCACCGAUGGAGCAUCUGCGACCCGGGCAGCCACAUCCUCCCGGACAACCUCUUCGCCCGGGUCCCCGCCUGCAUCUCCCGCUCCAAGUCCUGCGCAAGUUCCGCCGGGGUAUCUGAGGGAAGUCGCGGGAGCUGGUCGUCCUCAGACUCGGUCAUCUCCACUGAUUCCGUCGGGGAGGCGGUGGAUCCCGGAAUCCCAUACAGGGUGGUUCUCCUCGGGGCCAGCGGAGUCGGUAAGACGGCGUUUGCGAGCAUCUUCGCCGGUGCGGCGGACAGCAUGGACAGCGAUGACUGCGAACUGUUCGGAGAUGAAGUAUGUGAAAAGGAAGUCGAAGUGGAUGGAGAGCUUGCAAGUGUAAUUGUGCUGGACACAUGGGAUGCAGAGACUGGCCACGAAUGGACCCAGGAGGGCUUCAUGCAGACAGGUGAUGCUUACCUGCUGUUAUACUCUAUUACUGACCGAGCCUCCUUCCUACGAGCUUCAGAGCUCCGGAUAAACUUGCGCCGCUUCCGCCCUGCUCGGCACACCCCAAUCAUCCUAGUGGGCAACAAGUGUGACCUGGUGCGGCGCAGGGAGGUGUCAACAAGUGAGGGCCGUGCGUGUGCUGCUGUGUUUGACUGCAAAUUCAUCGAGACGUCUGCCGCCAUGCAGCACAAUGUCUGGGAGGCUUUCUAUGGUAUCGUGCGGCAGUUGCGUCUACGCAGAGACUCCAAAGAAGACAACAGACGUCGUAGGCACAUGCACUCUAAUGGACGCCGUGAGAGCCUUCCUGUGAAGGCCAGACGCUUCCUUGACAAGAUGGUUGCAAAAAACAAUCCCAGUGUGGCAUUCUGGCUAAAAUCCAAGUCCUGCCACAAUCUCUCGGUGAUGUAGAAAACCCCAAACUACACCAAGGCUCUGAGUAGAUGAACAAGUAACAGGCAGCAGAAUCUGUGGCUGGAGGGGAAACCUGCUUCUAAAGGGGCUACAAGUUGGAUGAUCAGUCCUCGCUGUGUUAACCUUCAGUUUAGCACAGCUGAUGUGUCUGACUGAUGUUGUUUGCAGUGUACCUGCACUGCCAUCAUACUGUGUGUUGCAGUUAUCUAGACGGGGUGGACUAGACAAACCGAAGAGAUGCUGAACAUAUCAAACCCCUGAGACAGAAAUGUCUGAGAGACUCAAGAUCCAGUGAUGGAAACUCUGAAAGGGAAGUUAUUUUUGUUCAUUUCACUGUUUGCUUUUGGUCUUUUCAUCUUUCUUUCCUCAUGAUUUUGCUCAAUUUUUUGGGGCCAAAUCUGAAUUUGUUGAUUUUUCAUCCCUAAGUGCUAAUAUUGCCGGUUGUAAGCUUUGGUUAAUGUAUGUGGUUAAUGUCUUUGAUGACUUAUGUGAUGCUCAUUAAUUUUUUACUUUGAUUUUAUUUAAAGUGUAUUGUAUUUAGCACUUAUUGUAACUUAAAACAAGGAUUGGUAAUGUGCUGUAUUUUCCUAUUUCAAAGUAGUUUGAUCAUUGCUUGA